AGGGGGAACCAAGAUGGCGUUUCUACGCUGUAGGCGAGACCCGUGUGGAUUUAUAUGUCUCAUACUAACUUAUUUCAGCGUCUUUUACGCCGAUUAUGUGGUAAUUCAGUAUGUCCUCAUCCCUGCCUACUCGGGAAGUGUGUGGUGUACACUACACGGGUCAGUGUUUAACGUGAUUCUACUGCUGCUGCUGGCCUGUCACUCCAAAGCUGUCUUCUCAGACCCAGGUAUGGUUCCCUUACCAGAGACGGCUAUAGACUUCUCUGACCUAAGGUCCCAGAAUUCACACCUGAAUGAGAGGGGUUGUGAGGGCUGGACUGUGUGUAGUCGUUGUGAGACCUACCGCCCUCCCAGAGCUCACCACUGCAGAGUAUGUCAGCGAUGCAUACGACGCAUGGACCAUCACUGUCCCUGGAUCAAUAAUUGUGUUGGAGAGCUGAACCAGAAAUACUUCAUCCAGUUUCUCUUCUAUACAGGUAUGGCCAGUCUCUACUCCAUGGCUCUGGUGGUAUCGGCCUGGGUUUGGAGAAUACGGAGUGAGAGAGAGGGGGAAGGAGAGAAAGAAGGAGUGGAGUCUCCCAGCAAACACCUGAUUGUAGCUCACUACAUCAUUCUCCUGGUUGAGUCGGUGUUGUUUGGAGUGUUUGUCAUGGUCAUCUUCUACGACCAGUUGGUGUCCAUUAUAACAGAUGAGACUCCUAUAGAACAGAUGAGGAACAGACUGAUGAAGGACAGAACAUGGACCAGCGGCAGCACCGCUCAGCCUCCGACGCACAUCACACACACGCGCAAGCCCAAACUAGCCCUGCUCAGAGAGGUCUUCGGGAGAGGGUCGGUGUUCUGUUGGCUGUUCCCUCUACAUUCCAGUCCCCCAACCGUCGGUGGGAUCAGCUACUCUGCUGUUCCGGAUUACGAUGUCUAACAUUCCCACAACCUUCACACAACUUUUGGUGAUAGCAUUAACAUUCCUUCAAAGUUGCGGUUACGUCAUGGUCUUAAUAUAAUUAGGGCUGUCAAACGAUUUAAAAUAAUUAAUUGAAUUAAUGGCAUUAGUUUAAUCGCAAUUUUUGAAUUUGCUCAAAUUUGGCCCUAAAAGAUUGUUCCGUUUUAAAGAGUUACAUGCAUUACUAUGCUUUGCUUUUAAGGGACGGAAACACAAAGUAAUUUGUAUCAGAAUGUUUUAAUAGCAUUUCCACCAUAAACAUAAGGAUAUGGAUACAAAGAACAAUGUUCUAGAAACACUGUAACCAUCUGUACUGUUCAGAUAACACGGGCCUACACACUCUCCCCCCCUCCCACACCCUCGCUCUCUCUCUCACACACAUCCUCUCUCUCUCUCUCUCUCUCACACACACA